AGGAUGGGAACGGAAUUGGCGCGGUUGUCGCAACACGGAUGUCGCAAAACAAAAAUUAUAUAAAGAGUGGAGAGGAGAAGUCGUCAUACCUCUGUCUUGAAUAGAGCUAGCAGGAUAUUUAGCGUCUAUGAUACAGAAUUUUACAGUUUUUAGAGUUUCAGGUUUGCUGAUAUCAACAUGUCUCGAAGAAGUGUUUCACGAAAGAAGCUGGAAAGUUAUCUUCAAGAAGUUGAUGUGUUUGACAAUCCAAAGAUGCAACUGGAACAAUACCCUACAACACCACACUUAGCAGCUUCAAUGCUUCACACAAUCCAUACUCAUUUUAAUGACUUGGAAGGCAAAUGUGUAGCAGAUCUGGGUGUUGGCUCUGGGGUUCUUAGUCUAGGUUGUUCGAUGCUUGGAUGCAGUUAUGUCUUAGGUGUCGACAUUGAUCCUGAAGCGCUUGCCAUAUGUGCAAACAAUAUCUCAGAAUUUGACAUCACCAACAUUGACCUACUGCAUUGUGAUAUUAGAAGCCUUGUUAACCACCCUGGCCGUCUGCAUGGUGCGUUUGAUGUUGUCGUUAUGAAUCCUCCUUUUGGUACAAAAAAUAAUCAAGGCAUAGACAUGUUGUUCCUGCAGGCAGGGUUAGCACUGGCGCGCACAUCUGUAUACUCUCUUCACAAGACUUCCACAAGAGAGCACAUCUUGAGGACAGCAAAACAGUGUGGAGUGGAAGCAGAAGUGGUGGCUAGACUAGAAUUUGACCUUGCCAACACCCUCUGGUGCCACAAGAGUGAAAGUGUGGACAUUAAAGUAGACUUUUAUCGGUUUUCUCAUAAAACAUAAUAUCUCAAGAUCUGAAAGUUAAUGAUGAAGUUUUUGUGAAAGUAGCAUCUGGUUAGUGUGUCUGGUGAGCAUCAUUGGAGCAUGACAUCAAACAUCAUGCAAAAUGGAGGAUUACACAAUGUAAUUCUUGUAGGGUAUUUGUGGAAUCAGCUACAAACUCAAGGUUAGUAUUGACAGUGGUGUGUUUGAUCAAUGUGCCCAAAUGUAGUAGCUUGCAAAACUGCAUGACGCUUGUUGCAAACAUUAUAGUGAAAUAAACAGAAAGAUUUUAGAUUGUGUAAGUCUUAUGACUUAUAAUUUGAGCAGCACAUGAUUGAAGUCAUUUCAUUUGUGAUUAGCUUUGAAUAUUAUUGAUUUUGCUAAUACAUUUAUAAUUUAUACGUUUAUAAUUUAAAAUAUAAAUUUAAAAUAAAGCAGUAAACAGAACAGCAGCAAAAUGCUGAUAAGUGUGUGUGUGUGCACAUCGGCCUGUUGUUAACCAGUCGAGCUGUCAUUGAGACUCAGCCUUUUGUGAUUUGGAAGCUUUCAAUAACUAUUAAACCUUUUACCAAAUGUGAUUCUAAAUAAUUCUGUUAUCUUCUACAGCCUUCAUUAUCAUAGUUAAAGCAAAGUUUUUCUUGGAAAACAUGUUUCAGCUGUUGGCAAACAACAGAUACUUUUAUUGUUUCUUAAUCAUUGUUUCUGCUGCCAGUGCCUGGUAUAUGGGAGGUCACUGUGCUGCUGCUCUUAAUCACUAGCUUCAUUCAUGUUUAUAGGUUAAAGAUUUUCUGCAAAAUAUCAUCAUUUAGUGAACAGUAAAUUGUUCAAGGCAAUAACUUAUUUAUGUACUUCAUAUAUUUAUCACAGAUGUCUUUUGUUUGGGCACAAAUGAAAGAGAUAUCUUAAGCUCUGUGAAUUAUGCUGCUCAGACUAAACUGAAAAAUGAAGAUAACACUGUA